AUUAGAUGUAAUCCAAGAUGGCGGCUACAGUUGAUGAAGACAACGUGGAUCAAAAAACGAAGCCAGGAAUCGUAUAUCUUAGCAGGCUGCCGCCAUUCAUGAAGCCCGCUAAAAUAAGACACACUUUCUCACAGUUUGGUGAAGUCGGAAGGCUUUUUCUCCAGCCAGAAGAUCCUUCCGUUCGAAAGAAAAGGAAGAAAUUCGGCGGAAGUGGCAAGAAGGCUUUCACAGAAGGAUGGGUUGAGUUCAAAGAUAAGAGAAUCGCGAAGCUUGUGGCUCGAUCCCUAAAUAAUACACAAAUAGGUGGGAAAAAGAAAAGUUAUUACCACGAUGAUAUAUGGAAUGUCAAAUAUCUUCCUAAGUUUUUAUGGGGGCACCUCAGUGAGAAAAUAGCAUUCGAAAAAGCAGCAAGAGAACAAAGAAUGAGGACUGAAAUAUCUCAAGCCAAAAAAGAUGCAAACUUUUACCUAGAGAGUGUUGAGAAGAGCAAAGCCUUCCAGGCCAUGGAGGACAGAAAGAGGAAGAACAAGGAUAAGAUCCCAGACAAGAGCUUGCGAGCAUUCAAGCAACACCCAGUCAUUGAUCAAGAAGAGAGGUCAGCUGAGCCAGCAGCCAAGAAGAUAAAGAAAUCACACCCGGAAAAGCUAAGCAAAGAUUUACUCAGCAAGGUGUGUUAUACCUAUUAUUUUCACAGCAGGUACAAAAAGGUGAUGUUCUGAAUAUCAUACAGUAGAUAUAGAACAAAUGAUAGCAAUUUUGUAAAUAUGUUUUCAUUAUAUGUUUGUGGACUUUUCCUAAAGCUGACUUUUUUAUGAUAGAGAAAUACAUGUAAUGUCCUACUAUAUAGAAUACGUUUUUAGAUACAGGCAGAUUGGUCUUGCUGUAAAUAUUGCUACUAUAUCAACAUCUGCAUCUGUUUGUAAAGCACCAGUACUUCCUAUAGGAAAUAAAGAAAAAUAUUAAUAACAAGA